AAUUAUCAUCAUGUAACUGUCUAACUGAUGGUUUCAUAACUGAAAGAGCAAUAGCCCCCAAGAAGGAGCAGUAAGAAUGUUGAAACUAAGUUUUCCUCCUUCGCUGUUCUCCUUGAGCUCUUUCAAAUUAAGCAACUUACCAAGGCUUUCUAAUCGACUGCAUACAUCAUCUGUUGCCUGCAAUUCUCAAGAUGAACAUCCAACUGUGCCCUCUCACUGUAAGGUUGUUAUUUGUGGUGGUGGCAUUGUUGGAUCAUCUGUAGCUUACCAUUUAGCAGAGCGAGGCUGGACAGAUGUUGUUAUUGUAGAGCAGGGCAGCUUGACUUGUGGAACAACAUGGCAUGCUGCUGGUCUUAUUGGUCGUGUCAGGACAAGUCCCACAGAGAUGAAAAUUUUAGAUUACAGCAGAAAACUUUAUGAAAGUAUUCAAAAAACAGGCCAUGAUGUUGGUUGGAAACAAACUGGCAGCAUAGCUUUAGCUAGAACAAAAGACAGACUUGUUGAGUUCAAGAGAAAACAUGCUGUUGCCAAGACUAUAGGACUAGAGACACAUAUUAUUACUCCAGCUGAAGCCAAGGAAAGAUGUCCACUGCUGUUUACAGAUGACAUUGUGGGAGCAAUGUGGAUUCCCCAUGAUGGUGUUGUUGAUAGUAAAUCCUUAUCUUUAACUCUUGCUAAGUUAGCCCAUGUGAAAGGUGUGAUGAUAGUUGAAGGUGUGGGUGUGACAAAAGUGACCACUAAGAAAGGCAGUGUCAGAGAAGUGGAGACAACAGCAGGGACAAUACAUUGUGACUAUUUUGUUAACUGUGCUGGACAGUGGGCUAGAGCAUUGGGUAAGAAAACCUUUCCAAAGACAGUCAAAGCACCAUUACAUUCAUGUGAACAUUACUAUAUGGUCACAAAACCUCAAGUUGGAAUUGAUUCCAUGAUGCCUGUGAUAAGAGAUUAUGAUGGACAAGUUUACUUGAGAGAAUACAACAGGGGAAUACUUGCAGGUGGUUUUGAUCUUGCAGCUAAACCUUGUUUCCAUAAAGGGAUUCCAGACAGAUUUGAGUUCCAGCAACUUCAAGCUGACUGGGACCAUUUUCAUUCUUUACUUGACAACAUUACUCAUCGUAUGCCAAUUCUGAACGAGGCUGAAGUUGAUCGCUUAUUUAACGGGCCAGAAAGUUUCACGCCAGACUCAAAGUGUAUUAUGGGUAAAUCCCCGAAGUUGAAAAAUUACUUUCUGGCAGCUGGAAUGAAUUCUUCAGGUAUAGUGGCAGCAGGUGGUGUAGGUAAAAACAUUGCUGACUGGAUAGUUGACGGAGAUACCAAAUUGAAUUUGUGGCCUUUUGAUGUUAGAAGAUUUGUUCGCCUUCACAACAACAAGAAGUUUUUAAAAGAUCGCAUUCCUGAGGCUGUUGCUAACCACUACCAGCUUAAGUAUCCCAGAGAGGAAUACAAGACUGGAAGAAAGCUGAGAUGUUCACCACUCCACACAAGAUUGGAAGUAGCUGGUGCUGUAUUUGGUGAGACCAUGGCUUAUGAAAGAGCCAUGUAUUUUGCCCAGCCAUCAGAUAGCUGUAUUGGUAUGGAGUCUGGUAACCAGUGGUCCUGGGCAAAGCCUUGCUGGUUUGAAAAUGUACAAGAAGAAUAUUGGGCCUGUAAAGAAAGAGUUUGCAUCAUGGACAUGUCUUCAUUUGCCAAGUUUGAUGUUAAGUCUCAAGGUGAUGAAGCAACCAAAUACUUGAAUUAUCUUUGUUCCAACAAAAUAGACAAUGACCUGGGUACCAUUGUCCACACUGGCAUGCACAACAUUCAUGGAGGCUUUGAAAAUGACUGUACAGUGGCCCGUUUGGAACCUAACCAUUACUUCAUCAUAUGUCCAGCCACACAACAGACCAGGUGUAUAGCCUGGUUGAAUUAUCACCUGCCUCCAGAUGGCUCUGUACAGGUCACGGAUGUCACCUCCAUGUUCUCUGGGAUCAACAUCAUAGGGCCACAUGCCCAGCAGCUGUUGGCUGAUGUCUCAGAGUUUCCAACUACCAAGACAGCAUUUCGCCCCAUGACUUCAAACGUCAUUGAUGUGGGUCACGCUAGCAGUAUCAGAGCCAUGCGGCUUACUCACACUGGGGAGGAUGGUUUUAUUCUCUACAUACCUGCAGAAUAUGCUCUUCAUGUGUAUGACACACUGAUGACAGCGGGGAAAGAUUAUGGUAUCCGCAAUGCUGGAUAUUAUGCCUUGCGACAUUUGAGAAUUGAGAACUUCUUUGCUUUUUGGGGCCUUGACUUGGACGACAAGACAUCACCUUUAGAAUGUGGUAGAGGAUUUCGUACAAAGCUAGAUGAACAUGAUGACUUUAUUGGCAAGUCGGCUCUGUUAAGAGAAAGACAAAAUGGUGUCAAGCGACGUUUCACUCAAUUUCUUUUGGAUGACUAUGAUGUUCAUAGAGACUAUUGGCCCUGGGGCGGUGAACCAAUUUACAGAGAUGGACAAUAUGUUGGUUUGACCACAACCUGUGGCUAUGGAUUUACCUUGGAAAAGAUGGUGUGUCUUGGUUUUGUGGGAGACAUUGACAAUAACGGGGAGUAUGUUACUCAGAGGAACAUCAAUGAGUGGGUCAUGAACAAAAAUGCCAAAUACGAGAUAGACAUUGCUGGGGUCCGCUUUCCUGCCAGACCUGGAAUCUAUACUCCCAAAAUCACAGUGCAGACCUUGGACCCAAUCUUUGUCCCAGCCCCAGACAGACCAUCAAAAGAAAGUUGAAAAAGCUGAGAUGCUCUAUUGUUUCAUUCUAUAAUCUAUGCACACAAUAAUUAGCCAAGAUGGAAAUGUGUACACAUAUUUUUGAUUGUACAAUGUGCUUUGUAGUAAAAUAAGAACAAACAAAAAAAUGUUACAGCCCCUUCCCAUGUAAUCGAUACUAUUGUAGUGUAUUAUUCAUUUACAUAUAAAAUGAAUCAUUGGCAAUAACAUUGUCUUGAGUCUUUUUACAAGUUAAAGUUGGUGUAACAGGAAACUGAAGAAGCAUCUAGAUUGUUUGCAUUCUUCUCUUGGACAAAGUUUUAAAUGGGAAGUGACAACUGAUUGUUGCCAAUUAGAUUUAUGUAUUUGAUGUUAUGAUUAAUAUCUAUUUAAUGUUAUCUUUAAGUAGAAGAUAAAUCCUUUAAAGAAUAUGCACAAAUUAUGUAUUGAAAACUAGAUUCUUUUGAGAUCCUCCCACUUACAAGAAGAUACUUUCAAGAUUCCCUCACAAUUAAAAACAGUAAAACAAUAACAAAUGCAUUUGACAGUGUGUGUGAUAGAUGGGUAAUCCCUUUCACACAUUGUGUGAGAGAUGGGUUAUAAGUAAAAAAAAAUGAAAGUAGCCUUUAUUUCUAAAGGUUUUAAUUUAAGGCAAAAACACACACACAAACAUAAAUUUAUGCCUUGAGAUAUUUUUUUAUUUUACUAUGCAAGAAAGUAUGUUAGAAACAUCUUUUACUUUUUUUAUUGUGGAGAAUGAUGAAAGAAUUAGAUUGAAUCUUGACCCACAGACAGAUAGACUAGUUAGUUCUAGACCAAACAAACCC